CGAUGACGUCACCGGUUUGCCGGAAGUCUCCUGAGGGCACCGGCUUGGUCCCGGCUUCGUGGUGGAGGCUGGGGUCGGAUCCGACCUCCUGAAGGAACCACGGCUCCUGCAGUUUUGGAUGCUGCCUGUUGUACCAGGGGCACACCACUGCGGAAGCGGAUCUGCCACCUUAAUUCUCYAUGGAUGUUUGGAAAGAGGAGUGUCCGAGCCACCAGCUGAUAAAGCAUACAACCAACAGAAAUAUCCACCAUGAUGGACUUCCUGAUUCUCUUYUUGUUCUACUUGGUGUUCAUGCUGGUUAGUGUUGUUAUGGUCUGCAUUUGCUCCAAAACCAACCAUUUGAAAGGUCUGGUCCAGGGAGGAACACAGAUAUGUUCCUGUAUAAUUCCAGAAUGCAUUCAGAGAGCCSUGAGAAAAUUGCUUCAUUACCUCUUCCAUACACGCAACCAUGCCUUCAUUAUCCUGCACCUGGUCUUGCAAGGGACAGUUUAUACUGAAUAUACCUGGGAAAUAUUUGGCUACUGUCAAGAGCUGGAAUUCUCUCUGUAUUACCUUCUUCUGCCGUAUUUGUUGCUAAUUAUAUGCCUGAUUUUCUUYACCCUAACUUGUUUAACCAAUCCUGGCACCAUAACAAAAGAAAAUGAAUUAUUAUUUCUUCAAGUUUAUGAAUUUGAUGAAGUUAUGUUUCCAAAGAAUGCAAGGUGUUCUACUUGUGACUUAAGGAAACCAGCUCGAUCCAAGCACUGCAGUGUGUGUAAUUGGUGUGUGCACCGUUUUGACCAUCACUGUGUUUGGGUGAACACCUGCAUCGGGGCCUGGAAUACCAGGUACUUCCUCAUCUACCUUUUGACAUUGACUGCAUCAGCUGCCAUCAUGGCCAUUAUAAGCACCAUGUUUCUGGUCCGCCUGGUGACAAUGUCAGACCUCUACCAGGAAACUUACAUCGAUGACCUUGGACAUUCCCAGGCUGUGGACACAGCCUUUCUUAUUCAGUACCUGUUCCUGACAUUUCCAAGGAUUGUCUUCUUGCUCGGCUUUGUUAUGGUGCUGAGCUUCCUCCUGGGGGGCUACCUGUGCUUUGCUCUGUACCUGGCAGCCACCAACCAGACCACAAAUGAGUGGUACAAAGGUGACUGGGGCUGGUGCCAACUCUGUCCUGUGGUGGUCCGGCCCCCAUCAGCAGAGCCUCAAAUCUACCAGAACAUUCAUUCCCACGGGCUUUGGAGCAACCUCCGAGAAAUCUUUCUACCUGCUGUUCCAUAUUAUGAGAGGAAGAAGAAAUAAGAAUGGAAAGAGUACUCCUGCCUUUUAGAUGUACACACCUUUAUUUAUACAUAUGGAUACUUAUUUUCUCAGCAUUGUUUUGUUUUCUGCUGUGAUUAUUA